AUGAACUCCAUGAACCCAAUGAAACCAUCCCUCCCGCCCACGCCGCAUGGUGAUGGUUCAUUUGCAUACGAGUCAGUUCCUUGGCAACAGAGCACCAAUCAGCCUGCAGGAUCUCUCUCCGUGGUAACCACCGUGUGGGGCGUCAGCAACAACACGUCCCAGAGCCAGGUUUUUGGAAACCCCAUGGGCCCUGGGGGAAACGCCUCUGGAAACCCCAUGAUGCCCGGCAUGGCUGGCAGCGGCUCUGGAAUGAACUCGCCUCAGUUUAUGGGACAGCAGCCUUUCCCGGAGGGGGCCACCGGCAAGGGCUACGUGCAGCAGGGGAUGUACGGCCGUAGCACAUACCCCGGGGGGCCGGGCUUCACCACUAGUUAUGCAGGCAGCCCCAAUGGCCCCGGCGGCAUGGGCCUCCCUUCGCACACGGGCCGGCCCCCAGCCGACUUCACCCAGGCGGCUGCUGCAGCCGCUGUGGCCGCAGCAGCUGCCACAGCCACGGCCACGGCCACGGCCACAGUGGCCGCCCUGCAGGAGAAACAGAGUCAGGAGCUGAGCCAGUACGGAGCGAUGGGGGCCGGGCAGCCAUUUAACAGCCAGUUCCUGCCUCACUCGGGCCCCCGUGGACCCACUGUGCCAGCUGGGAUGAACCCUGCCAGCAUGGGGGGUGUGAUGGGCCCUUCAGCAAUGUCUCCCAUGAGCAUGAACCCCGCCAGGGCCCCUGGCAUGACCCCCUUGUAUGGAGGACAGAGGCUGCCCCAGCAUGGGUACCCCGGGCCCCCACAGAGCCAGCAGAUCCCCCGGCAGGGGGUCAAGAGGGCGUAUUCCAGUGACGGUUACCCUGGGCAGCAGUACAUUCAGGGGGCCCAGUACCCCACCCAAGCUGCCCAGUAUGCCCCCAGCGCACCCCAGCCAUCUGCCCCAUCCCCUUCAUAUCCUGGCCACAGGAUGCCCAUGCAGCAAGGAAUGGGCCAGUACCUCUCCGCCUCUGGCUCCACCGGACCAUACUACAAGCCAACUGACCAGUUCAAUGGGCAGAAUGCCAGCUUCACCAGCUACAGCCAGGCCUCCAUGAACGGGCCUGGCCGGUCUAUGCCUGGCUACCCCAGCUCCCCGCUGCCCGGGAACCCCACACCGCCCAUGACGCCCGGAAGCACCAUCCCGCCAUACAUGUCCCCAGGGCAGGACGUCAAGUCUCCCUUCCUGACAGACAUCAAGCCCAGCAUCAGCUCCCUGCACCCGUCGCCUUCGGGCAACCCGUGCGAGGAGCUGCGCCUGACCUUCCCUGUGCGGGACGGGGUGGUCCUGGAGCCCUUCCGCCUCCAGCACAACCUGGCCGUCAGCAACCACGUCUUCCAGCUCCGUGACUCUGUCUACAAGACGCUGAUGCUGAGGCCUGACCUGGAGCUCCAGUUCAAAUGCUACCACCACGAGGACCGACAGAUGAACACUAACUGGCCGGCCUCAGUCCAGGUCAGCGUCAAUGCCACACCCCUGACUAUCGAGCGGGGAGACAACAAGACUUCUCACAAGCCCCUCUACCUGAAGCAGGUGUGCCAGCCUGGGAGGAACACCAUCCAGAUAACCGUCACCGCCUGCUGCUGUUCUCACCUCUUUGUCCUGCAACUGGUGCACCGGCCCUCCGUUCGGUCAGUGCUGCAAGGGUUAAUAAAGAAGCGCCUGCUACCAGCCGAGCACUGCAUCACCAAAAUAAAGCGAAACUUCAGCAGCGGGACAAUCCCAGGGACUCCGGGUCCCAAUGGGGAGGACGGCGUGGAGCAGACAGCUAUCAAGGUGUCGCUGAAGUGUCCCAUCACCUUCCGGAGAAUCCAGCUCCCUGCCCGAGGGCAUGACUGCAGGCACAUACAGUGCUUCGACUUGGAGUCCUACCUGCAGCUGAACUGCGAGAGGGGAACGUGGCGGUGUCCUGUUUGCAAUAAAACAGCCCUGCUGGAAGGACUAGAGGUGGAUCAGUACAUGCUGGGGAUCCUGAUCUACAUUCAGAACUCCGACUAUGAGGAGAUCACCAUUGACCCCACGUGCAGCUGGAAGCCAGUACCCAUCAAACCCGACAUUCACAUCAAGGAGGAGCAGGACGGCCCUGUGCUGAAGCGCUGCCGGACCAUGAGCCCCACUCACAUGGUGAUGCCCAAUGUCAUGGAGAUGAUCGCCGCCCUGGGCCCCGGCUCCUCACCAUUCACGCCCCUGCAGCCCCCGCCCACCAGCGGCAGUGCCAGCGACUACAGCAGCCAGAGUUCCAGCUUCUCCGGCCCCGGCAGUUUCCCGGACUCAUUCCCUCCCACAAACCCCGGCACCCCGACGUUAAACGAAUUCACUCCAGGGCCUCCCCCCAUCUCCUACCAAUCGGACAUUCCCAGCAGCCUCCUGACCCCCGAAAAGCCACCGGCUCCCUCCAUCACCGGACAGAUGCCUCCAUCUGGCAGGAUGGAUCCAUCCCACAAUCCUGUGCAGCAGGGGCUUCAUAACCCCAACCUCAGUGGCCAGUCGGGACAGCAGCUCCAUCAUCGGAACCCUCCCCCCCCACAGUCCCGGCAGCCCAUUGGGCAGGCGGGAUCCGGGGGUCCAGCACACGCAGGGGAUCUUGCCUUUAACCCUGGGCCUGGGAUGGUGGGGCAGCCGGGCAUGCCGGGAGCUGGGGAAGGGCCAGAGCCUUCCCUCGAUCUUCUUCCCGAACUGACAAACCCCGACGAGCUGCUCUCCUACCUGGGCCCACCAGAUCUCCCCAACAACAGCAACGACGACCUGCUCUCCCUGUUUGAGAACAACUGAAGCCAUCC